CGGGUUAUCCUGGUUGUUGGAGGGAACUGCUCUUGUCAUCGCUCCCGGACGGUUCGAGGCCCUACUGAUGGCGUCGGCACCCGGCGAAUCCCCGGACGAACCGCAAAGCGCGGCAACGGAAACUAUCGAAACAGCUUGCGAAGGCCCGACAGAAACGGUCGUCGUAGAAGAGAGCGGAAUCGCGGGAAAGCGUUCACGCGACGCGAACGAUGCCGAUUCGGUCGCCAAACGGUCGAAACUCGACGAGGGAAUGUUUUCCACCCCGAUGGACGCUCUCGUGACGAUUGCUGGCGACCAACAGCAGAUAGUUGUCGAGCACGAGACGUCGGGAAACGAUGUCGAGCAGGCUGCGACGUUUGACGACGCGCAUGUGAUCGAGUCGAUCACAGAAAUGGCGACGCCUGUUGAUGUCAGCCAGUUGGGUGUGACGCAGGUCGUUGCCUCGGGCACGUACACGCUGGCGAACACGACGUCUGAAGUGCAGGUUGUAUCGACUCGGCAAGGCGCGUCGGAAAUGGAUGCUGCUGGCGCGGGGCCGCAGAUAACUUUGCUGGCUAUUGAUACGGGAGAGGUCGGGGCUAGUCAUCAGACUCGAGCUCUGCAUGAGAGUGGGGAUACGGAUCCUGAUGUGAUUAAUCAGUGUUGGUUUUCUCCUAAGGAUGACAAGGACAAUCCACAGGGCAUCAAGUGGAAGUCUGGCAUGUGGUCGAAAGCUGAGAAUGAAAUACUUCGAGUUAACAUAGCAGAAUACUUGAAGACAAACAAUAUAGCAACAGCUGAGGAAGUUAUCUUUGAACUGUCAAAGGAAGAACGGAAAGACUUUUACAGAACAAUCGCUCGUGGCAUCAAACGUCCACUGUUUGCUGUGUAUCGACGCGUACUGAGGAUGUAUGACAAGAAGAAUUACCUGGGGAAGUACACAACAAACGAGGUUGAUCAGUUAAAAGAGCUAAGACAGAAACACGGAAAUGAUUGGGCAGCAAUCGGUGCAGCUAUGAAUAGAAGUGCAUCUUCUGUCAAAGACAGGUGUCGCUUGAUGAAGGAUGGAGGCAAUUCAGGUAAAUGGACUGAUGAAGAAGAAAAACGUCUGAGCUCUGCUGUGCACGAAAUCACAGGAACAAAGCCAGGAGAUUAUGUGACCUGCAGUCUUCCAUGGGCUAAAGUAGCAGAAAAAGUGGGAACUCGUACAGAGAAACAAUGCAGAUCCAAAUGGUUGAACUAUUUGAACUGGAAGGAGGCAGGAGGGGUGGAAUGGAAAAAGAGAGAUGAGGUGGAACUGAUUGAUCGAGUGUAUGGCGUUGGAGUUGACGAUGAGAAUGAUAUCGAUUGGGCAUCUCUUAGUCAUGACUGGAAAGCUGUACGCUCUCCCCAGUGGCUUCGUAGUAAAUGGUGGGCUCUCAAACGCCACGUGCCUGACUCGCAUAUAACAAAUUUCCGUCAUGCCAUUGAAUAUCUUCAUGCCAACCAUGCCAGUCUACUGAGAAACAAAGUCGAGAAACUUGAACCACGUCCUCGUACAUCCAGUGCUAGUGGCCACCAGCAGACUGUCGCUAUGGCAUUGCCAUUUGUGUCACUCCAGGGUGGUCAACUUACUACACUACCUGGAGGAGGAAAGGCAGUUGCUAUGGUGCCAGUACAACUGAAUCAAGCCAGUGCUAACGGAGGGACAGCGGUGAUACUGAGUGGUGAUAUGUCGCUUGAGGCUGUUCAAGCACAGUUGAACUCUUUGCAGUCUCAGAUAAUGAGUUCGCAGGGAGGCGAUCAACCGCAGGCUUACAUUAUACAGUCACCUUUCGGUGGUGGGCUUGGUGCUCACACUGUUCUCGUCCAAUCGCAAGAAGCAGGCAACGCUGGAGAGGCCAUUGUGACCGCUGUGUCUGAAGAGGCACCAAGUGGCGAAACCGAAGUGCCUAUGCCAGGAGCAACUCCGGUGGCUGGAACGGAAUCGGUCGAAAGUAGCGCAACUACCGAGGUGCAGGCUGCUGGACUUGCUGGAGGUGAUGUCAGUCUUGCCACUCAUAUCCAAGCCGGUCAGAUCGUGGAAGGGACCACAACAGCCGUAUUGAUUGCACCGGAAGUCACCGAAGAAAGCACCAUCACAACAGAAGUGCCGAUGGUCGGAGAAGAAGUAACGACAGAGUCUGUUGCGACCAUGUUGGAAGGCGGAGUCGAAGUCACCUCCGAUACCAUGGAAAUGAGCGAGGGCCAAGUCGAGGUGACCUCCGAGAUACCCCAGGAAAAUUAAGACAGAGAGAAGACAGAAACUGAACGUGAGGUGUUGUUAGUUUUCUAGUUGCACGUCUCAAAUUUUGCUCAUCGUGUCGUGUCUGUGUGUCUUGUACUAAUUAUAUCCAUUCGUGCCUCAGUUGUACACUCAAAAAUAAACUUUAUUGGAAGUCCA